GUCAAAUUUAAUUUGUCUAAAACUUUCUCUUUUAAUAGUUUUUGAUGUCAGAAGUGGGAUCCAAAAGACCUUCAGGGACCCUCAGGAGCACCAAGUGACCAAGUGAAGGGGCUUGCUAGGCCCAUUGUGUCCACUGCCUUCCUCCUGCAGCUGGAGGUGGUGGGUUGGAUCAUUGGACAAUGCCACAUGCUUUGUGGAUGGUGUGGGCUUUGGGGGCUGUCAUUAGCUUCUCCAAGGAAGGGUCCUCUGGCCCAGGAUCUCUGUCCUGUGACUCUGCUGGUGUCUGUGAUGGCAGCUCGAGGUCUUUAAACUCCAUUCCCUCAGGGCUUACAGCAGCAGUGAAAAGCCUGAACCUGUCCAACAAUGAAAUCACCUAUAUUGGCAAUAGCCACCUGCAGAGAUGUGUGAACCUCAAGACUCUGAUACUGACGUCCAAUGGAAUUAAUGCCAUAGAUGAAGAUUCUUUCUUUUCUCUGGGCAACCUGGAAUAUUUGGACUUAUCCUAUAAUGACUUAUCGAAUUUGUCAUCCUCCUGGUUCAGGCCCCUUUCUUCCUUGAAAUUCUUAAACUUAUUGGGAAAUCCUUAUAAAACCCUCGGGGAGACAUCUCUUUUUUCUCACCUCCCAAAUCUGCAAUUCUUGAGAGUAGGAAAUGCUUACACCUUCGCUAAGAUUCAGAGAAAGGAUUUCGCAGGACUCACUUUUCUGCAGGAACUUGAGAUCGAUGCUUCAGCACUUCAGAGUUAUGAGCCAGAAAGUCUGAGGUCAAUUAAGAGCAUCCAGAAUCUGACCCUGCUUCAUCUGAGGCGGCCUGUGUUACUACUGGAGAUUUUUGCAGAUAUUUUAAGUUCUGUGGAAUAUUUGGAACUGAGAGAUAGUGAUUUGUAUGACUUCCAAUUUUCAGAACUCUCCAUCAGUGAAAGCAAUCCACUGAUUAAACAGUUUACAUGUAGAAAUGUGAAAAUCACUGAUAAAAGUUUGUUUCAGGUUUUAAGACUUCUGACUUACGCUUCCGAAUUGUUGGGCUUAGAGUUUGAUGACUGCAUCCUUGACGGAGUGGGGGAUUUUAGUACAUCUGAUGAAUACAGCAUUAAAGAUCCAGGGAAAGUCGAGACACUCAUCAUACGGAGGUUUCGAAUUUCACGGUUUUUUUUAUUUCAUGAUCUGAGUUCUUUAUAUUCACUUGCAGGAAGAGUUAAAAGAGUCACAGUGGAAAACAGUAAGGUUUUUCUGGUUCCUUGUUCACUUUCACAACAUUUAAAAUCAUUAGAGUACUUGGAUCUCAGUGAAAAUUUGAUGGUUGAAGAAUACUUGAAAAAUUCAGCCUGUGAGAAUGCCUGGCCCUCUCUACAAACUUUACUUUUAAGGCAAAAUCACUUGACAUCAUUAGAUAAAACUGCAGAGACUUUGCUUACUCUGAAAAACCUGAGUGUCCUGGAUAUCAGUAAGAAUAGUUUUCGUUCUAUGCCUAAAACUUGUCAGUGGCCAGAAAAGAUGAAAUAUUUGAACUUAUCCCACACACGAAUACAAGAUUUAACUAAUUGCAUUCCUCAGACACUGGAAAUUUUAGAUGUUAGCAAUAACGACCUGAAUUCAUUUUCUCUGACUUUGCCACUACUCAAAGAACUUUAUAUUUCCAAAAAUAAGUUGAAGACACUACCAGACGCCGCCUACUUACCUGCGUUACUGGGGUUGAACAUAGGCAGCAAUACAAUAAAUACUUUUUCUAAGGAACAACUUGAUUCUUUUCACAAACUGAAGACUUUGGAGGCUGGUGGCAACAACUUCAUUUGUUCCUGUGAAUUCCUCUCUUUCGCUCAGGAGCAGCAGGCAAUGGGCAACGUCUUGAUCAACUGGUCAGAAAACUACCUGUGUGAUUCUCCGUUCCAUGUGCGGGGCCAGCGGGUUCUGGAUGUCCAUCUCUCGGUGUCUGAGUGCCACAGGGUGGCACUGGUGGCUGGCACGUGCUGUGCCCUGUUCCUGUUGAUCCUGCUCAUGGGCUUCCUGUGCCACCGUUUCCAUGGACUGUGGUACAUGAAGAUGAUGUGGGCCUGGCUCCAGGCCAAGAGGAAGCCCCGGAAAGCUCCCCCCAGGGACAUCUGUUACGACGCGUUUGUUUCUUACAGUGAACAGGAUUCCUACUGGGUGGAGAACCUUAUGGUCCAGGAGCUGGAGAAUUUCAACCCCCCCUUCAAGCUGUGUCUUCAUAAGCGGGACUUUAUUCCUGGCAAGUGGAUCAUUGACAAUAUCAUUGACUCCAUUGAAAAGAGCCACAAAACUGUCUUCGUGCUUUCUGAAAACUUUGUGAAGAGCGAGUGGUGCAAGUAUGAGCUGGAUUUCUCCCAUUUUCGUCUCUUUGAUGAGAACAAUGAUGCGGCCAUUCUCAUUCUUUUGGAGCCCAUUGAGAAAAAAGCCAUCCCCCAGCGCUUCUGCAAGCUGAGGAAGAUAAUGAACACCAAGACCUACCUGGAGUGGCCAGCGGAUGAAGCUCUGCAGGGCGGGUUUUGGUUAAAUUUGAGAACUGCAAUAAAGUCCUAGGUUUCUGGGUGAAAGGCCAGUCUUGGUCUUUGGGGUCUUAUAUUAGUAGUUGUAACUAAAUUAUUUCUGACAUAAUUAUCUAAAACCACAUGAAUGUACAGUCAUUUGAGGACUUACUAAAACUGUUAAUACCAAAACUAUUCAAAUUGUUAUCUGCAGUGGUGUUUUAUAAAAUUUUAAUCAGAUU